AUGUCCGACUUUAAAGCAACACCACCUCCAGACCCAGGAUUGGGCAACGAGAAGUCAUCGAUCGAACCAGAAGCCCAGCAGAGCACCCGCAAAGAUGCACAAGACACAGGAAGAUUAUCUGCCUUUGCAUCCCUAGGCUUAUUGGAUCGCUUCCUGGCAGUCUGGAUAUUCCUCGCCAUGGCCGUGGGCAUCAUCCUCGGCAACUUUGUCCCGUCCAUGUCGCCCGCGUUGGCAAAGGGGACGUUUGUCGGGGUAUCUGUUCCCAUAGCCGUUGGACUUUUGGUCAUGAUGUAUCCCAUCUUGUGCAAGGUCCAGUACGAGUCCCUGCACCUACUCCUAUCGAAGAGGGCGCUUUGGAAGCAGAUUGGCUUCAGCGUCAUUGUCAACUGGAUUAUUGCCCCCUUCUUAAUGCUCGGGCUUUCGUGGGCAUUUCUUCCUGACAAGAGCCAUCUUCGAAACGGCCUCAUCCUCGUGGGCCUCGGCAGAUGCAUCGCCAUGGUCCUCAUCUGGAACGCCCUCGCCGGCGGCAACAACGACUACUGCGCCAUCCUCGUCGCAGUCAACUCCAUCCUGCAAAUGGUCCUCUUCGCACCGCUCGCCAUCUUCUUCCUUCGCGUCAUCAGCGAUGAAGACGACGUCGUCUCGAUAUCAUACUCCGUUGUCGCAACGAGCGUCGCAGCGUUUCUAGGCAUCCCCCUUGGCGCAGCCAUACUGACGAGGUUCUCCCUCCGCUUCGUGGCUGGCCCGGCCUGGUAUGAGCGCGUCUUUAUCCGUUUCGUUUCGCCAUGGUCUCUCAUCGGGCUGCUGUACACCAUUCUGGUCUUGUUCGCCGAGCAAGGCCACCAAGUGGUACAUCAGAUUGUGUCGGUUGUUCGUGUUGCCGCUCCGCUUGUUGUGUAUUUUGCCAUUGUCUUCUUCACCACCGUGGGCAUUUGUCGGAUGCUUGGGUUCGAGUAUCAGUUUCUCGUCACGCAAAGCUUCACGGCGGCGAGCAACAACUUUGAGCUGGCUAUUGCGGUGGCCAUUGCGACGUUUGGUCCAGACAGCGACGAGGCAUUAGCAUCCACUGUUGGGCCCCUGAUCGAAGUGCCUGUUUUGCUGGGCUUGGUGUAUGCGCUUCGUUGGGUUGCCGGUAGACGGGGUUGGAAAUAG